UGUGCAGAUAUUUUAAGAUGUUUUCUCGUAUUUGAAAAAAUCACCUGGCAUCCAUGUGUUCAUCGCAGGAGGCUAUUGUCAUUUUCACGUGUUGGAAAGUCAUUUCAAAAUGUUUUGAUUUCACGAGCUGUUUGGUCCAUAGCAAAAGAUAGCUCUCUUUUAAUAAUUUUCGAUUUUGAGUAGUGAACGACGUUUUACUGCUAAGAGUUUCGUCAAUGUUUUAGCUACAGGAAAUCGGAAAACUCAAGAAUGAACAAGUCGCGAAAAGAAUCUUCAUCGAGAAGCAAAAGCUUCAACGGUAAUGCUGGCAGUGGCAAUGGUUGGCAUCAGCGUGGUAGAAAGCAGGCACGAAAUUCGAACCAAAAGAAUGUGGCUGCUGGAACGCAGAAAUACGCACAGAAAGAUGAAACCACGCUGGAUCCACGAAACCUCAAAGAAGAACUGUAUUCCCCCGCGAAGCAGCAAUCGGGUAAAGUCUACGGAAAACAUUUGAAUUCCGGAAAAACUAAUGAAAACAAGCACAAACAGCAAGCUACAAAUAAUCGAGUGGUAGAGAAUGAUAGAAACGUUGAUACGGAAGCUCCAAAGUAUACAUCGAAAAAGACUAUUGUUAAAAAAGUAUCACCGUCAUCGAAGCAGGUGUCCAAAUCGAGAAUGGACAAGCAGAAUGUUACUAAAAGUCAGAUUCCAGAAAACAUGAAAGCUAAUAAAGAACUGCCUAAACAAGAACAGAAAACAUCCAAAAAUGUGCCAUACCCAGGUCAGAAACGUAAAAUUCGUGCUGGGGGUUCAGAAAAUUCAAAGAAAUCGAAAAGAAGUACAUCGGAGUCUGAUAGUAGUGACGCGGAUAGUUACAUUGAUCAAUUUUUCCUUGAUGUAUCGGAUGAUGAUGAGGAACUAGAGAACACGGAAUGUUCCAGUUUAUCUCACGCAUCGGAUUUUGAAAGUGUAUCUGACGACGAUCUUAGCCUGGAAAAGGAAGAAGGUAACUCAAUGUCUCUGGAAGAGUUAAUGGAUUACUAUGGUAACAAUCGAGACACUAAUAAGAAAAUAUCGAAUGAUGUCGGGAAAAAGAAAAAGGUCAAUAAUGCAACGAAAACGGCUAAUGUAAGUAAGAAGUGUAAUUCUUCCAUCUCAAACGGUUGGGUCGAAGAAGAAAAUGAUGUCACCCUAGAAUAUGAUGAUUCGGAUGGGUUUGUCGAAUCUUCGGAUGAUGAUGAAGAGUUGGAGAAAGAGGUGGUAGAAGGUGAUAACUUUAUCGAGGAAGACGAUAUAUCGUUCGAAAUGGACAACACGUCUGAUGAGGAUGACUAUGAAUGCUCUAUCGACUCUUAUACCGGAGAAAGCGAUUCUGAACUCGACGAAGACGAUUUCUAUUCUUCUGCUAUCGAGGAAAGCGAUUCCGAUUCCGAAGAAGAGGACGGUUUCUAUUUUAACAAUAGUUCGUACGAUAGCGAAGAUGAUGAAUCGUACGUUCCACCGGAAGAUGACGAUUUGUUCAUAAGUCGCGGAACGGCUACGAUAUACGAAAUCGAUGACAAUAAUGUGUCAUUCAACAGUGAUAUCGAUACGGCACAGAUUGUUGAAUUACCCAGUGACAGCGAUGGCAGGGUACUCUCUGCGACGACAAGUUUGACUGGAAGUCAAACGGAGGAUGAAGACAAGAGUAGUUGUCCGGAAUUGGUUCCUAUUUAUGAUCCCGAAGGAAGACUCAUCGAUUGUCCAGAAAUGCUGUCAAAGGCAAAGAGGAAAGAAGAGGAAUCUCCAAAGACCUCAUCUUUCAAACCACCAGCCUCGAAAAUAGAGUCUCCAAUCAAAGAAAAUGUUCCGUCUCCCAACAUUAUGCCUUCCGAACCCUUGGAGGAGAUUGAACUCGCCGAAACAGAAACCUUCGUUUCAGCUCGCAACCUCUGCGAUCUAUCACUCAGUCAGAAUAACUUGAAUCCAGUUGAGGCCACUUGCGAUGCCGAAAUAGAAGAUGAAAUAGAAUACGCAGACACUGCAAAAAGUAGCGCCUACAAGUUCUACGAUGCGAUCGAUAAGCGUAUGUCGUUGCUGGUGCUCAAAGGUCCAUUACAUUUCAGUGGCCACCUUACGAUUCAACCAAUGAUCGGUAGCGUUGAAGUUAUGGGCUACCGGUUGAGACGAGGAGAAUGCAAAAAUGUAUAUGCUGUCCGUGGCUAUCACUGUCUGAAUUUGAAUCCUCAUCCUGAAGAGGAGACGUUCUCUAGUGACAUUAUGGAAGGUAUUCUGACACGCUUAGAGAAGCAUUUUCAAAACAUUGAUUUGAAAGAGCUGGAAGAUACGUUCGAUCCGGCGAACUCGGUACUGAUUCUGCUACAGGCAGGUUGUAACAACAAUAGAAUCUUCGUUGCGGAAAAAUAUCUGCCCCAGGAAACACUCUUCCCAAAGCUGGAGGAUUUGAGAAGAAGUCCCGUCUUUCCCACGGAGUGCUUACUAAACGCCGAAUUCUUUACGGAACAUGUGGACAAACGCACCUCCCUUUAUCAAUGUGAUCCCGCUUGGGAUAAUAUUGAAGUAAAAAGAAACAGCAAAGUAGUGGUGAUGGGUGGAAAAGGCGCCGGAAAAUCGACGCUCUGCCAGUAUCUUAUCAACAAAAACGUCGGCAAAUUUAAAAAGGUAGUUUUAAUCGAUCUCGAUAUUGGUCAACCGCUGCAGUACAUUCCGGAAACAAUCAGUGUUACAAUUAUCAAUAAGCCAUUGCUAGGAGUGGCCACAUUUGAACCGACAGCGCCGAUGAAGGCAUGGCUGUUUGGAAGUCUCGAUGUGGUUUCGUCGCCUAUUUUCUACAUACAAAACGUCCGGCAGCUGAUUCUGUACUGCCAGCAGAACAAAAAUGAAUUGGCUAACAUUCCCUGGAUAGUGAACACAAUGGGCUACGUGACAGGUUUCGGCGAAGAGAUGAUGUCCGCUGUCCUGCAGAUGCUAAACCCCACAGAUGUUGUCCAACUCGUGGCGACGAACAGGCAGUCCGCUAUACCGAACUUCCAGAACGAACUAAGCUCGAGCUUUGUCAACCAGUAUAAUUUCAACAUUCUCAGAAGCGAGGUACAAGAAUUUUCUCAACGCAAAGUUAGCUUCCGACAUCACCAGCUGAAUGUGUGCUAUCCCAGGAAAGGGUUCACGCUGGAUGCUCCCAAACGUCGUAAUUUGAUGCUACUCGCACAUCUAGCGAAUAUCCUGGACGACUGCUCCGCGGAAUGGUUCAACGAAGUGAGACCGUUUUGUGCGCCGCUCAGCAAACUGCAGGUGCUCAUCACCAGGGAGGAUCAAAGCCUCAGCGAAGAUCAGCUACCAUCGGUGCUGAACGCUACGUUGGUUUACCUUUGUCGGAAGACGGAUGGCACAAUGUACGAGUGCUUGGGCAUAGGAAUCGUUCGAGGUGUGGAUAAGAAAAAUAAUGUUUACCUGCUGCAGUCACUCCCUGGCGAAGUGCUAGCCGAAAUGACGGUGCUGGCCAUCUGUAGCAGCAGUUUACCGAAUGCUGUAUUCCUGCAGCAGAGUGCACGGAUCCAGGGAAGUAUUCCUUACGUGUAUAAUGUGGAGUAACGCCAUUAGACUGUGUGUAAUCCUGUAUUUGUGGGAUGAGUGUAUUUAUCCGUAUGUAGGUUGUUUUCCAUUUAUUUGAAGAAAAUUAAAUAUAUUUCAUUAUUGUUAUUUGA